CGCUGCACCGUCACGCACGUGAGUAGAAACUGCGGCGAGAGAGAGGAAAGGAGAGGAGAGGAGAGGAAAGGAGAGGAGAGGAAAGGAGAGGAAAGGAGAGGAAAGGAGAGGAGAGGGAAGGAGAGGAGAGGAGAGCCUGUAACAGAUCCGGGGAUUAAUAUUGCAGCCACGAGGAGGUGCGCAUUCGCUCACGCGCGCGCACUGUAAUGCGCUCUCUCUCUCUCUCUCGCUCUCUCUCUCGCUCUCUCUCUCUCUCUCUCUCUCUCUCUCUCGCUCUCUCUCUCUCUCUCUCUCUCUCUCGCUCUCUCUCGCUCUCUCUCUCUCUCUCUCUCGCUCUCUCUCUCUCUCUCUCUCGCUCUCUCUCUCUGUACUAAUGCAGUGCGGGAUUAAAGCGGCGCUAAUCGGAGCAGAGCGGGAGAAGCCGAGCCGCCGGUGUCGCUGCUCGGGCUGCUGGCUUUCUUUCCUCUAGGCGUUUCUAACCGCAGGUGAACUGCCGGGUUUCUCCCGAAGUUCCCCCGGCGGGCUGUGGAGGAGGAUUAGAGGGGGGAGGGCGGCGCAGCGCCGUCCCUCAGUUUACUGCACUCCACCCUGCGGGUAAUACCAGCUCAAUUGAACCGUUUUCUAGCGGGUCCGCUGCUGCAUUCGGCUCCGAGGAGCAGGGGGAGGGUCCCCGAUGGGCGAGGCCAGCGCCGGGCUCCCCUGUGGCUGCAUCCGGGCUCGGUGUGAGGAGAGCGGGGCUGAGCGAGAGAAGCGCUGGACCGAGCUCUUCCAGCAGCUGGACCUCAAUAAAGAUGGCAGGAUCGACGUGCACGAGCUUCGCUCCGGACUCGCGGCGUGGGGGGUCGCGCGCACUGACGUCGACGAGAUUGUACGUGUGAGUGAUACCAAUCAAGAUGGCCAACUGGACUUUGAGGAAUUUACCCGGUAUUUGCGCACCCAUGAGAAAGAGCUCAAACUCAUGUUCCGCAGCCUGGACCGCAACAACGACGGUCAGAUCGAUGUGGGAGAGAUCCAGCAGUCUCUACACAGUCUGGGAGUGGAGGUGUCCACGGAGCAGGCCUACAGAAUACUGCGCAGCAUGGACAGGGAUGGCACCAUGACCAUCGACUGGAACGAGUGGCGAGAUCACUUCCUGUUCAAUCCGUUCCGGAACAUGGAGGAUAUCGCCCACUACUGGAAACAUUCGCUCAUGCUUGAUAUUGGAGAACAACUGACUGUGCCGGAUGAGUUUUCUGAGCGAGAGCGGAGGGCAGGGCUGGUGUGGAGACAGCUGGUUGCUGGGGCGAUGGCCGGAGCCGUGUCCAGAACUGGAACAGCUCCGCUGGACAGACUCAAGGUUUUCCUUCAGGUUCAUGGCUCUGGAGGUGCUAGCCUGUGGAGUGGACUGCGGGGGAUGGUGCAGGAGGGCGGAGUCCAGUCUUUAUGGAGAGGGAACGGCAUAAACGUGCUCAAAAUCGCUCCGGAAUCUGCUAUCAAGUUCAUGGCUUAUGAACAGAUAAAGUGGCUGAUCCGCGGCUGUAAAGAUGGUGGCAGUCUGAGGGUGCAGGAGAGGUUUAUCGCUGGAUCGCUCGCAGGAGCCACAGCUCAAACCAUCAUCUACCCAAUGGAGGUGCUGAAAACUCGUCUAACUCUGAGGAAGACGGGUCAGUACUCAGGGAUGGUGGACUGCGCUCGGCAGAUUCUGAGGAAGGAGGGGGUCCGGGCGUUCUACAGAGGCUACGUCCCAAACACGCUGGGCAUCAUCCCCUACGCAGGCAUCGACCUGGCCGUCUACGAGACUCUGAAGAAUGCAUGGCUACAGCGGUACUGUGUGGGUUCGGCGGAUCCCGGUGUUUUGGUGCUGCUCGGCUGUGGCACUGUGUCCAGCACCUGUGGUCAGUUAGCCAGUUACCCACUUGCUCUCAUCCGCACACGCAUGCAGGCCCAAGCCUCCACAGAAGGAGCCCCCAAGCUGACAAUGGUGGGUCAAUUUAAGCACAUUGUGUCCCACGAGGGAGUCCCAGGCCUGUACCGGGGCAUCGCCCCCAACUUCCUCAAAGUCAUUCCUGCUGUUAGCAUCUCCUACGUGGUCUAUGAGCACAUGAAGAAAGCUCUGGGAGUGGGUUCAUAGACACAGUGACAGUGGAAUGACCGUGGAACAGAAGGAGAGGGAAAUGGGUCAGGCUUUAAAAGCCUUCUCACAGAAGAAUGAGCCAAGGAGGACGGGUAGACAGCGGAGCCCUAGGCAAUGAAAAGAAGGGAGAAAUUAUUGAAGAAUGAAAACCUACUUUAGAUUGUAUUACAAUCCUGGCUAUUUAUCUAAUAGGAUGGAAAGCUGGGUUUGGUUUUGAUGGGAAGGAGGAAUGAUGUGAUAACCUCUUCAUGUUAAGCCCUUUUACGCUUCUCAUUAAAGCUGCACUAUGUAAGAUUUUUUUGUUGCUUGGAAGAAGCAGGAAUUGAGCCAGGAGGAAAAAACUCUGCUGAAAGUUGCCCUGUAACGCCCGAAAGAAUCAUUUAAAAGUCAGAGGUGUCGGGUCAGAUUUUGUAGCAGUUGCACUCACAGAUUCAAAAAGAAGGUCUUGCUCAAGUCCGAACAUCAUACUGAUGAUAAUACAAUGACAGUACUGGAUAGUUCACUGAUGUCACACAUCAUUCACCAAGUUUCAAUUCAGUUCUUUUUAAAUCAUUUUAAAAUUCAGCGUGCUGGCAAUCAUCAGAUUUAUCUGCUUGGGGAAGGAGUUUUACUUUAGAGCUAUUACUAUGGACGCCCUAUAUUCCUGAGUUCCACCUUGUUUUUUUCCUGCCUGUGUAUAAUUCUAGUAUCACUUGUAUAAUUUCAGCCAGUGAAAACAUUUUUCCCAGGUGUGCCAGAUUCCAGAAGGGAAAUGGGGGGGAAAUCACUCCCCUUGUGGUUAAAGAUUAUGUUAACCUGUUAGCCAUUACUUUUCAUACAGUGGGGGAAAAAAUCUGGGCA